AUGACAAUAAAGCUCGAUGAUACGCCGGAGUAUACUACGCACUACCUCUCGUUGCCAGACGGCACUGCUUUCGACGCGUCCUACUUCCGCCCUGUCUGCCCACAAGCCAAAUUCUCCCGAGGAGCAGAAAAGGAUGUCGGCAAGGAAUCAUACAGCGAAGAUUGCCUGCGGCUGAACAUCUGGACACCGGCCGAGGAAACCGGAGCAAUGUCCGACAAGAAAUGGCCCGUUGUGUUGUGGCUUCAUGAUGGCUGGUUCCAGCUCGGUGAUCCGUUCCAAGGAGUUGGAAUGAAUCCUACAGAACUGAUUUCCACCGGUAAGCUGAACGCCAUCGUGAUCGGAAUCGGAUAUCGACUCAAUGUAUUUGGGUUCCUCGCCGGAGAGGCCUUGUUGGAAGACAGUCAUGGCGAGAGUGCCGGCAAUUUUGGCCAGUGGGACCAGCGGCUGGCGAUGGAGUGGGUCAAUGAGAACAUCGCGUCUUUCAACGGAGAUCUAAACAACAUCACCCUCGGUGGUCGCAGUGCUGGUGCCUAUGGCACACAUGCUCGAGUCCUUUAUGAAUUCUGA